AUGGCCUCGAUGAACGGCAGGCCCAUGCCUUUGGACCUCACAAAUGCCAACCGCCAGAGCGUACAGAGUCAAUCUGGAUCUCGACCCUCGACCAUCGGCGCAGAUUUUUUGAAAUUCUUUGGUGGUACGCAGAAGAAAAUCACGCGAGAUGGGCAACCGGCGAAAAGACGAGGUCCGAAGCCGGAUAGCAAACCGGCCAUGACUCGCCGACAGGAAUUGAAUCGCCAGGCCCAGAGAACCCAUCGGGAACGCAAGGAACAGUAUAUUCGGUCGCUAGAGACCGAAGUGUCUCGAUUACGCGAGGCCUACACCCAGGAGAUUUCGGCCGCCAAUUUGACGGUGGUACAGCAUCGGGAUGUGGUGCGACAGCUGGACGACGAAAACAAAAUCCUGAAGGAGAUCCUCGUGGCUAAUGGCAUCAAUUUCGAGCCCGAACUUGCGCGGCGGAAAUUGGAACGAUCCGGCAUGGGCUAUCACUCCAGUCCAUUCGCCAGCAGCAGUGUCGCCUCGCAGCCGAGCAACAUCGCCCCAUCCGGAGCGCCCGUCUACACCACGCCGCCGACAACGGUCUCCGCGAGCCUGAGUCCGACUACGAAUGGAGUCGAGCAGAUUGAUGUCUCGCCCACUCAGGAGCUGGCGUCGUCCUCUUCAGCCUAUCAGGUUGGUCCUUGCGACGCCUUGGCCACUCUCGAUCAGAUCGCUCCCGCGAGCCGGUCCCCGAUCCAGCCGCCCGGCAUCUUUGAGGCGGACCCUCAGCUACAAAUCGAUUUCAUCUUGACACUGGAAUCGCCCUGUCGAGAACAUACCGACUACCUUUGCCGACGCUCGAUCACCGAGGCGGACGAUGAAGACAUGCCGUUCUCCGGGCAUGCGCUGAUGGCCACCUGCCCACCACCCAGCUACAUUGCCACCACCACGAACGAGCAAACGUACCCGCACAAGACAUACGACCUGCCCCAUGUCAAUCUGACGACACUCCUCAAUCUGAGUCGACAACUGGUGACUGAGGGGCAGAUUACGCCGAUCAUGGCCCUGCAAUGCCUCAAAAACCACCAACUCUAUGGUCGACUGACCCGGGACGACGUCCGGAUAAUUAUCGAAACUCUCAAUAACAAGGUCCGCUGCUACGGCUUCGGGGCGGUGGUCGAGGAUUUCGAACUCAUGGAUUGCCUGACGAGUGUGCUGGAUACCAAAGCCGUGCAGCGUGUCUCUAACCCGGGGGAUGACCUCUCUUAUGGGUGCUGA